AUGUCAAAAGUCUUCACCCCAGGCGCCCCGUCCCUGGAACACGACGACUCCAUGAUCUCGCGCAAGUUCGGCCGCGAGGUCAUCAACUACUACGGCGGCGGCCUGCUCAACCGCUUCUCCUUUUUGCGCAACGACAUCGCCUUCAUCCGCCGCGCGGCCACGGCGCCCACGACGCAGUUCGUCGCGCUGCGCGACCUCAACCCGCUGAUUGCCGACCCGACGCGGCUGGCCUUUUUCAACCACGACGACGUUAAGCCACUGAUUGGGGUUGACCCCUUUGGGCGCACCGACCAGGAGAAGCAGGACAGCUUCGACUCGACGAGGCCGAGCCCGCUGCUGCUGUUCUUGGGCCUGCUGCCGAGCACGCCAAAGGGCGUGGAUCUGGAGACGACCAAGCAUGGCGUUGUGAACGGGCAGCCGUACUUUGCGCUGGAUGUGACGCCCAAGGGCCAAUAUGCGGCGGAGGCGGAGACGUUUUUGAAGCAGGCGCAGGAGAAGGGAUACUCGGUGCAGGAGAAUGUGCGGACGAUGACGCUCCAUCCGGACGCAGCCGCCACCCUCGCCCAGGCCCGCUCCCUCAUCGACUGGAACGCCCGCAACCUCCACUGCGCCGGCUGCGGCAACCUCAACCUCUCCGUCGAGGCCGGCUACAAGCGCGUGUGCCCAACACACGACCUCGCCGGCGGCUCCACGCCCAUCCAGCGCCCAGACUGCCCAACCCGCCACGGCAUCUCCAACGUCUGCUUCCCGCGCACCGACCCGACCAUGAUCGCCGCCGUCGUCUCCGCCGACGCCAAGCGCGUGCUGCUCGGCCGCUCCGCCCGCUGGCCGCCCAAGUGGCACAGCACACUCGCCGGCUUCCUCGAGCCGGGCGAGUCCAUUGAGGAUUCGGUGCGCCGCGAGGUCUGGGAGGAGGCCGGCGUGCGGGUUGGCCGCGUGACGAUCCAUUCGAGCCAGCCGUGGCCGUAUCCCUCGAGCUUGAUGAUUGGCGCUAUUGCCCAGGCGCUGCCGGAUGGCGAGGAUAUUACGCUGCUGGACAAGGAGCUGGAGGCGGCCAAGUGGUUUACCUUUGAGGAGGUGCGUGAUGCGCUCGUGAAUGGCACCAGCGCGUUGGGCGAUCCUAUUCCCGUGGGGUAUACGGGGGAGUUGUGCGUGCCGCCGAAGCAGGCGAUUGCGCAUCAGCUGCUGCAGGCGGUGGUGGAUGGCUAUUUUGACCCUCUGCCCAAGAUCUAG